AUGGAUGAUAAGCACCAGACAAACUCGGCUGGCUCCUCAUGUGAAUCGCCUCCUUUCGACGAGCUGUCGCACCGAAGAAGCCGAACAGGAUCGAAUUUCAGUAGCAGCGGUGACAGUGGGGGUAGCUCCAAUGGUCUUAUGACGACAGGUCAUGGUGGGAACCACAAUGUCACGCUUCGAACAGCCAGCCGCAAGCCAAAGUCACAGCCCACUGCGUCGAUAAAUGCAUCCACGUCAACCGUCACAGGAACCAAGGAGAAUGGAAAUCCAAAGACUGAGUCGCCCACCUCAGAGUUGCCCGGUGCCGCAGCUUCAUCAUUGUCACCUGAUGGCGACAGCGGGAAUACCGAAGGCCUGAUAACUGAAGAGCACCGCGCACGCCAGAAUCACAACAUUGUUGAGAAGCAGUACCGCAACCGACUCAAUUCACAGUUUGAGCGGCUGCUUUCCAUCCUGCCAGCGAAUCAGAUGGAAGGUGCCGAUACGGGCAAGUCUGUGGAUUUUGAUGAGCGGCGGAUGAGCAAGGCUGAGGUGCUGGACCUGGCACGGCGGCGGAUCCAUGCUUUAGAGAGCGAGAUCAAGCAAUUGUACGCCGACCGUGACAACCUGCGCAACAACGUGGCCACGCUCAACCUGGCGAUCCGGAACGGGCAGCAUCCACAACAGCAGCAGCCACAGCAACAGCAGAGGUUGAGCAUCGCCAUCUAG